GCAGUAGGAGCAGAGAUCUGCAAUAGAUAAACACACAGCCACACACACACCAGCUGGAUUGCUUGCAGACACACCACAAUCACUGAGAGAUAGACGCCGAAGAAUUGGGGGAUUGUGGCUCUGGUUCCUCUAAUAUCUUAUUUUAAUGGGCUUACUGUCAUCUAUUGUUUCAGUGGAAAACAGCCACCGAGAGAGAGGGGCAGGUGUGCCCUUUAAGAGGGGGAGCAGCUGAAGCAAGGACAGCAUCCGAGUCUCCAUCCUCUCUGGAGGUUUUGCAAUUCUGAAGAGAAAGAAAGAGAGGUGGUCAGUCAAGUUUUCUGUUCUCGUUCCUUCCACCUGGAAAUAGGCUGCAAUGGUUGGCAGUAAUCAAAGGCCUAAACCUGUCUGAGUGAGCCUUAUGAACAGCAGACCCAAUGGACAUCAAAGGCCAGUGUUGGACAGACGAGGAGUCGGACGGGGAAAACGAGUCAGAACAGUUCCUGUAUGGCAUUCAGGGAAGCUGUGCUGCUGACCUGUACCGUCACCCUCAACUGGAUGCAGACAUUGAGGCAGUAAAAGACAUCUACACAGACAGUGCUGUCUCUGUUAGGGAGUAUGGAACCAUCGAUGACGUGGACAUCGAUCUUCAUAUUAACAUCAGUUUCUUAGAUGAGGAGGUUGCAACAGCUUGGAAAGUUAUCAGAACAGAGCCCAUUAUUCUGAGACUGCGCUUUUCUCUUUCUCAGUACCUCGACGGACCUGAGCCGUCAGUAGAAGUGUUCCAACCCUCCAAUAAAGAAGGCUUCAGCUUGGGCCUGCAGCUCAAAAAGAUCUUGAGCACGUUCACCUCACAGCAGUGGAAGCACCUCAGUAAUGAGUUCCUCAAGGCCCAGCAGGAGAAAAGGCACAGCUGGUUCAAAGCCGGUGGAACCAUCAAGAAGUUCCGUGCCGGGCUCAGCAUCUUCUCCCCCAUACCCAAGUCUCCAAGUUUUCCUCUGAUCCAAGACACAGUUUUAAAAGGAAAGCUAAGUGUCCCUGAGCUGAGAGUGACCCGCCUGAUGAACCGCUCUAUCUCAUGUACCAUGAAGAACCCCAAAGGGGAGCUCUUCAGCUAUCCACCAAACAGUCAGACUGUGGCUGUCCCGGCGGCCAGGGCCCCAGCGCAGAUUACCACGAGGCAGCUGAUUGAAUUGUUUUUCUCAUCCCAGGCGGGCGGCCACUGCAAGAACAUCCCUACCUUGGAGUACGGCUUCUUAGUGCAGAUAAUGAAGUAUUCAGAGCAGAGGAUCCCCACGCUCAACGAGUACUGCGUGGUGUGCGACGAGCAGCACGUCUUUCAGAAUGGAUCUAUGUUGAAGCCGGCUGUGUGCACCAGGGAGCUGUGUGUGUUCUCCUUCUACACUCUGGGUGUGAUGUCAGGAGCUGCAGAGGAAGUGGCCACUGGAGCAGAGGUGGUGGACCUGCUUGUGGCUAUGUGUCGGGCUGCUCUCGAGUCGCCCCGUAAGAGCAUCAUCUUUGAGCCCUACCCAUCAGUUGUUGACCCAAAUGACCCCAAGACUCUGGCCUUCAAUCCAAAGAAGAAGAAUUAUGAGAGACUGCAGAAAGCGCUGGACAGCGUCAUGUCCAUCCGGGAAAUGACCCAGGGCUCAUAUCUAGAGAUCAAGAAACAGAUGGACAAACUGGACCCUCUGGCCCAUCCCCUGCUACAGUGGAUUAUUUCCAGUAACAGGUCCCACAUCGUCAAGCUGCCUCUGAGUAGGCAACUGAAAUUCAUGCACACCUCCCACCAGUUCCUGCUGCUCAGCAGCCCCCCGGCCAAGGAAGCUCGUUUUCGCACUGCCAAGAAGCUAUAUGGCAGCACCUUCGCCUUCCAUGGUUCCCAUAUAGAGAACUGGCACUCUGUUCUGAGAAAUGGACUAGUCAAUGCCUCUUAUACCAAACUGCAGCUGCAUGGUGCAGCGUAUGGAAAGGGCAUCUAUCUGAGCCCCAUCUCCAGCAUAUCUUUUGGAUACUCAGGAAUGGGGAAAGGACAGCACCGCAUGCCCACCAAAGAUGAACUGGUGCAGCGUUACAACCGAAUGAACACCAUACCACAGAGCCGCCCAAUACAAUCAAGGUUUCUUCAGAGCCGAAAUCUGAACUGCAUCGCUCUGUGUGAAGUGAUCACAUCUAAGGAUCUGCAAAAACACGGCAACAUUUGGGUGUGUCCAGUUUCGGACCACGUCUGUACUCGCUUCUUCUUUGUGUAUGAGGAUGGCCAAGUAGGAGAUGCCAACAUCAACACCCAGGAGCCUAAGGUGCAGAAGGAGAUCAUGCGUGUGAUUGGGACCCAGAUCUACUCCAGCUAAUGGAGGUUCUCCAUGCGUCUCUCUGGCGGGGACACACAGGCAGGCAGACAGCGAAUGUUUGGGCGAGCUGAACUUGGGCCUGAUACUGAAGGCAGAGGGAGCUCUUGAGCAUAUUAUUUCUAAAGUUGUUUUGUUCUGGUCCUCUCAUUUCUCUCUCUCUCUCCUUUGUUCCUCAUCUCCGAGUGGUUAUGCAUUACAUGUUCAUUUAACAUUCAGUUAGGUUCACCUGGUUAAAAUCAGUCUGCUUUUUUUCAGUUUGUGUCACUUCAUCAGAUACGUAACACACUGAUAAAGAAAAAAGUAGUCACUUGUGUGGCUCUCCAAACAUACACACACUUUCAAACCCAGGAUCGACUGGGCUUUCUCCUUUCUUGCUGCACUCUGACUGGUCCUAAUUAUCUCUAUUUAUCAUUUCUCUUUGUGAAUAUCUAGUAAAAAAAAAAAAAUCAUUCCAAAUGAUAAUUAGAUCCCUUUGUGGCAAAUAAGUGAUGGAUUUACAUGCACAUAGAAGUUUGUUCUCUUAUUGUGUUUGCAAAGGCAUUAUAUCUGAUCCGUUUAUUUAAUAUUCUUUGACUAAUGACAUGAAUUAAGGUCUGUGACGUGGUUAUCUGAGGGGCAAGCACUGUUCUGUCAUUUUGUCCUUGUUCGCUGGAUAAAGCUCCCAGAAUUUAAUAAGCGAGGUGUGGCUUGAACUCAAGUUACAUACACUAUAGGCACUUUGUUUUUGAUAACAUUAUCAAAUUUAAAAAUCCAUUAGCAGUAUUAUGAUGUUUCAGUACAGGAUUAAGACAGUUCUGAUUGAUGAUGCACUUUCAAAACCUCACUGCCCCCAAAUCUCAAACAAGCUGGAAAAAAAAAGAAAAAACAGCUACUUUUAUCUAACUGGACAGAAGUGUAACAUGGCAGGUCACCAACAAGGGUCAUACAGUUUCCUCACAGCUCCAUUUAAUAUUUUUGGUUUUGACAUGUACUGAAAUAAUGCUCUGCAAGGCAAAAGGGCUGAUAUUACUGCUAAUCACACUGCAAAUCAACAUUCACAUGUGAGCUUUUUGCACCUUAAAAUGACUUUAGUUUGUUGUUUUGGUUUGCUGAGGUUAGCCGCUGUUCCUCUAGCCAAUAAUUUCUUAAUAUUUCUUACAUCUGCCUGUCUGAAAAGCUGAAGCAGGAUACUUUGGUCUUAUAAGAAAAAUGGCUACCACUUUGCUUACUCGAAAAGUUUGAGCAGCAGGACAUUUUUGAAUUUGUCAUCUUCAUUUGCUACAGUGCUCAUAAGGUUUUGACUACGUUAAAGACUUGUGAGAGCUGCAGUUCUUGAAUGCUGUGAAUGAAACAGUGUAACAAGGCCCAGUUGCAUUGAGUUUGGUUUGGUGUCUGCUCCUUAGUUGUCAAAAAUUGAUUUAUGGAGGAUAUAUCAGGCUAAAACCCUAAAUGGGUCAAAUUGAAGCUGUGAGGUUUACCCCUCAACAACAGCAAUAUAAAUACAGUAUAGUGAUUCAAUUAUACAUAUAUAACCAUCCUCUCACUCUUGUUAAAAAAAAAAAAAUGUGGAUUGGGUUUAAUCUGUGGACGUGUCAUAACUGUUGCCUAUGUUCAAAAAACAACCACAAUCUGUUGCUUGCCAUUUUUUUCCAAGUAGUCAUCACUUUUUCUUUAAGUGGUGGAUAUCUCAUUUUGAAAUGAAUCUCUUUGUGUAUGAACUACACUUCCCAUUGGAUUCACAACCUACAAAAUCCACUGUACAGAAAAUCAUGGACAAUUUUACCAAACUAUCUACUAACGGUAUCCAGUCCAGGUGAGCUCAUAUCCUCCCCAGCCCUGACUAAUGGACACUGGAUGAUAUAGAUCUGCAUUAAUGUGCAACUCUGGUUUCACCUUGGAGGAUGGCAACCUUGUAUAGCUAAUCAAGUUUAUCAGUUAGUCAUGUACUGUAUGUAUGUAUGUACGUGUGGGUUUGUAUUUUCUUGACAUUAUACUAGACAUUGCACUUAUUCAACAUUUGCCUAAACAGGAGAAAUGGACUGUCCUCGGACCUGCAGUAGAUGGGUAGUGGAGAUAAAGGGGAGAAAAAGUAUUUAUGGAGUCCACAAACACUAAAAUAUCCAACAUCUUAAACAUGUCUCAACUGAGAUGGGCUUUCGUUGUCUCCUGGAACUAAAAUUCUGACUACUGAAUGGACUUUGAGGCACUGAGAGUGAGCAAAUUGUAAAUAAGGACAUUGGAGACCUUGUCGAAAUGUAUUGCCCAGAAAGAAGUGGACAUGUACAGCUUACUCAUUGUGUUGCGGGACUGUGCUGAUAGCAAAUGCCUGUUUUUGCCAAGAGGUUUGAGCUGCGAGUCUCUUUGAGAAUCUGUUCUUUGGCAGUCUGUCUCUGGUGAGUAAUGUUUUCAAAGAUGAUGUUGACGACAAUGAUGGUGAUUAUGAUGAUGAUGAUGAAAGGCGACGAUGAAGGAAAAAAAGAAAAAGAAAAAAAGAAUAAAGCCUGAUUUUGCACAGUUUUACAUACAGUCUCCUAUUCUUUGAUGUUUCUGUAGAAAUCAG